CCCACGCAGACAUACAAACACAAACUGCCACACACUGCCUGCGCUCGCGUCUGGUGCCGUCUGUUACAUACACGACGCUGAAGUGAACAGUCCCACUGCUUUUACCCCACAGCGGAUCAAUCAUGCAGAUGAGAACUGUUGCACUAACUAUUCUUCCUUAAGGAGCAGAGUUGCUUAAAGUGAGUGAAGCGUGGAUCGCCUUAAUAAGAAAUGUCCUAAACUUAUCCAUGAAAUUGGAUUCACUGAGCCAUACAAUGAUAAUGUUUCUUUUAUAAAUAUUAAUCCAUUAGAUACAAAUUAGGAAAAUUAAGUGUCUUGCCAAUCAGUAGCGAAUGCUUUGUUUGCAAAGUUACACAGUAAAAGUUGCACAAUGUAAAUCUGUUGACUCAGACUUGUGCUGUCUCUCUCCGUGUAAAAAAGAUGAAUCAACACUGUUUUUUUAUACUCGCGUGAUGUAUAACGAGCAAAUAAACUUAAUGACAUCAGAAACAUGUACACACACAAAACCGUCAAGCACGCAGAGCGCCAGAGAAACACACACUGUUUCAGCAAGCAGACAAUAAAUCCAUGUUUCAAAUACAUGGAGUAGAGUGUUAUUGACCUACAGUGCCGUGCAGUGUAUGCAAAUGUAAUUUCCUGCUUGUGUUUAGUGCAUAAACACACACACACACACACACACACACAGGGGUGAGAGUAAAGGCAGGGAAGGACCUCUGCUCACAAGCCAUCCACAACUGCUUGUUGACUCCCCAGAUUUGCAGCUGCAUCGAUUGGCGGUUUGCAGGCAGUGCAUCGGCAUCUUUCCGUUCUUAUCCACUUGUCUCUCCAAAACUAAAUAAUAACAACCUGCUGAAUAAUAUCCAAUAGCUUACACUUGCUUUAUGGGAUGUGGCAGCUCAUUGAGAGCUGUUUUUUUUUUUUGCGGGCACUCAAAACCAUCAAGUGGGUGAGUGAGAGGGUGGAUCGACAGAGUGAGCGAACGCCUGCGAGCAGAGAGGCAGAGGAGAGCGGGUAGGACAGGAGGGGCUGACAUUGAUGUGGUCUAGUGCAGAGCGGUUGUGGUAAAUUGAGAUGCUGAAUAGGCUCUGAGGUCCUGAUGGAUCAAUGAGACACCUGAAUUCACAUAUUGCAUUCAGUCUCAUUGAAGUAUACCUUUUUCCCCUGACAGCCUCUGUCUGCUGCCGUUUCAAGCACACGUUGAUAUUGUACAGUGAAAACACACACUUACACACACUUUAAAAGAGGCAUAUUCCAACUGAGGAGGCACAUUCUGGCAGAGAAACUGACAAACUAAAUGAAGCUAUUCGGGGAAGGUAGAUCUGUGCAUGAAUGUAUAUGUGCAGUACAGAAUACAUUACAAACUAUAUAGUAGUCUUUCCAGUAUUGUCACUGUUGCUCACAGGUCUCAUAGCAAGUGAGUUUGUAGAUUUAAUGCAGAUUGAAUCCCUGACAAGUCUACCGAGCACUAUACAGCACAGUAUGUACAGGUAGCGUAUGUGUAUGUGCAACCGCAUGUCAAGUAAGAGCUCAGAAUGACCUGGGUGUGUCGCCCCCCCACCACCUCUCUUCAGCCUCGGUAAAAGGGCACCGUGACACCUUGAAUGGCCAUGAGGGGAUUUCCCCAAGCUGCUUUAAAUCAUUAAUUAGGAGCCGGUCUCCACAUCCGGCACAACAGGUGAUCUGAAUCUGCUGCAAUCAAUCCAGAGAGAAUAAAGGGACUAAUACAUGUGUGUCAUUCUAGAACAGCAACAUUAACGCCUGUCCCUGUAUAAAUAGUUUGCAUAAAAAUGAUGGACAUGUUUUGAGCAGCACUGAUUAGUCGAUCAAAAGCAUUUUUUAGCCAACUAUGAUUAAUGACUCAUUUUGGUCAAGCACAAAUAUCAGUGUUCAGAACAUUAGCCAGUCGAUGGAGGUGUUGGACCUGCGGACGUACAGAGAUCUACAGUAUGUAAGAAACACAGAGAGCCUAAUGAAGGUGGUGGAUGGAAAGCUGAAGGUGGCCUCGGAAAAUCCCCGCAGUCUCAAUCCAAAGGGCUUUCAGGAGUUGAAAGACAAAGUGACCCAGCUGCUCCCACUGCUACCAGUGCUGGAACAAUACAAGGCCGAUGCCAAGAUGAUCCUUCGUCUUCGGGAGGAAGUGAGGAAUCUGUCGCUGGUGCUGAUGGCCAUCCAAGAGGAGAUGGGGGCCUAUGAUUACGAGGAGCUGCGCCAGAGAGUCCUGCUGCUGGAGACCAGGCUCCACUCCUGCAUGCAGAAACUAGGCUGUGGGAAGUUGACUGGCGUCAGUAAUCCCAUCACAGUGCGUGCGUCAGGCUCAAGGUUUGGCUCCUGGAUGACAGACACCAUGAUCCCCAGCUCAGACAACAGAGUGUGGUCCAUGGAUGGUUACUUCAAGGGGCGACGUGUCUUGGAAUACCGCACAAUGAAUGAUUUCAUGAAGGGCCAGAACUUUGUGCAGCACCUGCUGCCUCACCCUUGGGCAGGCACUGGCCAUGUGGUCUACAACGGCUCCCUGUACUACAACAAGUACCAGAGCAACAUCAUCAUCAAAUACCACUUCCGUUCUCGAAGUGUUCUGGUGCAGCGCAGCCUGAGUGGGGCCGGAUACAACAACACCUUUCCUUACUCCUGGGGUGGCUCCUCUGACAUCGACCUCAUGGCAGAUGAGAACGGCCUGUGGGCCGUUUACACCACCAUCCCCAAUGCUGGAAACAUUGUCAUCAGCCGCCUGGAGCCUCAGAGUCUGGAAGUGCUGCAGACCUGGGACACGGGCUUUCCCAAGCGCAGUGCAGGAGAGUCUUUCAUGAUCUGUGGUACACUUUACGUCACCAACUCCCACCUGGCUGGUGCCAAAAUCUACUUUGCCUACUACACCAACACAUCAAGCUAUGAGUACACAGACAUCCCCUUCCACAAUCAAUACUCCCACAUCUCCAUGAUGGACUACAAUCCCAGAGAGAGGGUCCUGUACACCUGGAACAACGGACACCAGGUGCUCUACAAUGUGACUCUGUUCCAGGUGAUUAAGACUUCUGGGGACUGAGAGCCCUCAGACUGAACCACUCAGAUAAUGCUGUGAUCAUUGUUCGGGGAGGGACAACUGAGCUGGGUGGAGGUGGGUAAAGGCUGUGGGAGGUGGGGGUUGGGGGGGGGGCUUCAUUGUAUGGGCAUAGACUUGGAUUUUUUAAGAGUUUCAAUCUUCAUAGAGUGCUAUUAUUCACAUUCUCCAAAAAACACUCCGACAGCACCGUCGGUAAAGAAUCAAAGACUGAGCGCUUCUCAUUUUUUGUUUUUCUUUCUGUGAUGAGUAAGCAUGGUUCUUUUUAUUUGUGAUGAGAAAUAAAUAUCAAUCUUUACCAUUUA